UCACCUCGGCUGCGACCGCGGGCCUCGGAGUCACGGCAUCGGCGCAGGGCCAGCAUCGACUCCCUUGCCCGGCGGGAUAAUGAGGAUUCGGGGCUGGUGUGAAUGGAGCCUGUGUGUAGAUGCCUACAGGAACUUCUGAGGGGGCAGUGGUGCCGAGUUGGAGGUGUUUUGGGGAUGUGCCCUGGCAGUCUCCCUGUUACGUAAGAGAUACUGUUCUUCAAAAAUUCAACAUUGACUUUGUUGUAGCACUGCUGAGGCAAGAAAACGCUAAAGACAUCUGUGUCAUCCAGCCACCUCCAGAAAUAAAGUACUGUGAUUAUUUUAUAAUUGUGAGUGGAUCUUCAACACGGCAUCUCCAUGCAAUGGCACAGUACAUGCUGAAAAUGUACAAGCAUCUCAAAGAAGAAAGUGAUCCUCAUACACAGAUUGAAGGAAAAGAGACAGAUGACUGGCUGUGCAUUGAUUUUGGUAACAUUGUGGUGCAUUUCAUGCUGCCGGAGGCACGAGAGGUUUACGAAUUGGAGAAGCUGUGGACUCUCGGUCCCUACGAUGACCAGUUAACACAGAUGACUCCGCAGUCCCUGCCAGAAGACUUUAUAUUUGGACUGACUGCUAACAGCAGUGAUCAUCUUGAGACAAGAACUUAAUGCAGCUACUGUGUGGAAAGAGAAUGAGUGUGCCUUCACAGAUCAGAGAGAGGCUUGGGAACUGACUGAGCAGUCAGUACAGUUAUCAGUACAAAACAGUGUAUUUAUUGGAUGUGCCUAAGCAAAGUUCUAAACAAACUAAAAACGUGAUCAGAAUCAUAGAAUCAUCAAGGUUGGAAAAGACCUUUAAGAUAAAGUCCAACCAUAAAAUAUCAAAGAGGCAAUCCUAUCAGAGCUUCCUGGGGGAGCUACUGUCCCAGUGGAGUUUGCAGUGAGAAGAGUGGGCCAAAGACAGCUGCUCAAGCUACUUACCCUGAAACUCAUGCUCAUCCUCUGAAGUAAUUGGUUUUUUAGUAUCUUUGAAAGACUUGCUUGUAGUGGCAGUGCAAAACAGAUUUGAGUGCUGCAAGGAAAAACUGAAAUAGUACAGCUGAGAUGACGCUUCUUGUGUUAAGCUGUUUGCUUCUGGUCACAAUAAAGCAAGUCAUGGUCUGAGUUGAAGGGGGACAGAAAACAGACUGGUGUUACUGAGAACAUAAAAGCCAAGAGCAGCAGUGACAAAUAAAUGUGCUUUGAGUUAACAGAACAGUAAGUCAGUUUUUCGGCCAAAGCCAAUCUGUUUUUAAUAAUAAUAAAAAACCCAAACUGAAGUGCUUCAA